GACGGAACCGCUCUUUACGAAGCAACUGCAUCAAUCUUCAUUGCACAAUUGAAUGGCAUGCAUUUGUCUAUAGGACAGGUGGUGGCGGUUAGCAUCACUGCUACAUUGGCAUCGAUUGGCGCCGCGUCCAUUCCCAGUGCUGGACUUGUUACUAUGAUGAUCGUCCUAACGGCCCUUGGGCUUCCAGUGAAUGACAUCUCGUUGAUCAUCGCUAUCGAUUGGUUCCUGUAA